AGGAAACAGUAAACCUAAGCUCUCGGGCAGUAACCGUGCAUCGGCGUUAUAUAGAAAUAUAAAAAUAAUAAGAAUUAUUAUAACAACAGCUAUAUCGAAAAAAAAAUUCGGAGCUGGCUAUUUGAGACGGCUGACAUUACUGCUAAGUCCUCUGUCCUGCUGGGAUACACGCCAUGGCCUCUUCAUCUCCUGGGCCCUCUCUGCCGAGCUGCUCUCGCCAAAGCAGGGAAAAUGCGUCCAGAGAGCGUCUGCACAAACUCCCUGAACUACAGAGCUCCACCAUCCUACCAAGACUUCCAGUCCACGAUCAAGCCGCACAGGCUGUGCUGAAGAGACGUGUAAAAAGGAAACAACCAAGUCUCAAGCACUUAGAAACCCGUGAGCGGAUGUAUUUUGCAGGCUGGCACAAACAGUCACCUCCACCUCAACAACAAACUGAGCAGCCACGCAAGCACUCUGCGUCAUCUGUCCGCCUACCUCCUCUGCAAUCCACGACCAAGGUGUCCUCCCGUGUAGCGUCAUCCCCUACCGCGCCCACACGGCCUUUUUCCAUCAUGACUGGUAGACACCUGGACACUCCCUUCAAAGUGUAUGAGUACAGUAAGAAUGACUUUUUGAUGAUCAGCCCCGAAAGCGUGUUGUCAGUGUAUGAGAACGACUACGAGCUUGCAACCCUUGAUCACUGGGAGGAGAAGUAUAACUGCCACUGCCAACUGAUCCGCAUCCCCUACAUUGCCCUCUUCAAAAAAAGGAAACGUUUCAAUGCCUGGCGCAGCAUAGUUUGCAGCAGGAAGUUCAAAAUGGCCAAGGAGAUGCUCAAAAAACAUUUGUUUAUUGUCAAUCAGUUUCUUUGUCCUGCGCUGAUUGACAUCAGGAAUAUGUGUUACCAAGUCAGUGACACAGGCUUGUGUCACAUGAAGAAGAACCACACUUACACACUGCAGGAGUUCCAGGACACCCAGUUCAAACAACUGCAACAGGUACUGACUGACUUGGAGAAGUUUCACGACCUGGUAAAGGAGGUGGCACUCUGUGCCUCUCGCAACUUCAUGUUAGAUUUUGAAAGAAAUUCUAAAGAAGAGACAAGAGAAAAGUGCAAUAUUUUGCGGAUCACCAUGGUUUAUCGCACUUCGCGUCUCUGCUGCUUUAUCCGUCUUGUUGACUAUAUGGUCGUCAACACUUUGCACAUCUUGGUGGUGAAAGCGGCGGCUAAAUUAUUGGCUGCAAUCCAGGAACAGGUUUGUCAAACGCCCAGCUAUUCAACUAUUGAGAGCUGGAGCCAGCAGUCUGAGGUUACCACUGACCCUUCAGAAGAAGAGACGGAUAAGAAGUCAAAAACUACCGAUAUCCAACCCAUGUUCAUGUCUGAGCUGACACUGGACACAAAUGCUUUGACCUAUAAACCCUCUGAAGAGAACUUUAAGGAGACCAUGGCAGAGAUCAUUGGGCAGUUUGAGAAGACAGUGAUGUCAGUUAAUUCUCUUGCGACAGAUCCCGAUAUUGAUUCGAUGAGAGAUGCUGAACCGAUAAAGGAGUUGAAUAAUUAUUAUUCAGAUGGCCCCAGUUUGGAAUCCAUCAUAGAGUAUGAUGGCCACCUUCAAAGUGUCAAACAGGAUAUGAUGGAAUCAAUCCAGCUUGCCUUUGACGCAGCAAAAGUGUACUCAGGCAUGUUUGAGCAUUUUCGGCUAUUCUACAAAAAGAACGAGAGUCUGGACCUGGAUGGGAUGCGUCAACAGGAUCAUGGUUUGUCCUUUUUUGCAAAAGCGCUGGAGUUACACCACAGUGAGCAUAAGGAGGCCUUAGCCAUCCAACAGAAGAUACAUCUAGGCUUACUGCUUGUGGACAAAACACAGCUCAAAGAGAAGCUUCUGUCUUCUUCGCUCAGCUGCCUGGAGGUUAUCAAUGAUGUACUUAGACAACUGGCUAAGAGGAAGGUAGAUGCUCUCAGGGCAGAGGUUGAUGAAGCCCUGUCAAAACUACAGUUUAGUCCCUCCACUACAGUUGAGCUAGCUGACUCCCUCGCAUUCCAGGAUGAGAUACAGGGAAGGGUAACAGUGCUCAGAGAGGAAUACAAUACAGUAUGUCAGAUGUACAAUCUGAUUAACAUGUACUCAGUUCCUAUUCCACUUGAUGAUCAGAUUGAGUUCAGCCAAUUGCAAACCAACAUAAACAAGUUGCAGAAAGACAUUGAUAAGGCAGCAGCGGUGAGGGACUCCAACAUGAACAGUUUUAGCAGCUCCCUGCACAACGACAUAAAUGACCUGAAGUCUGAGGUCAAGAAAGUAAAGCUUAAGUUACAGGAGCCACAAAUCCUUGACAUCACUGCUGAUUCAUCUCAAGUGCAUCUGCUGCUGGAGGAGAUCCAGAUUUCCGUAGACGAGCUCCAAUCUCAGGCCUCUGUCUACAACUCCUACCAAAAGAAAUUCAAGGUGGAGGUGACCAAGUUUGACUCCCUUGAAGAGUUAACUGCGGCAUUUAGGCUGAAGCAGCUGCUGUGGAACUCUCUAGAGGAAUGGGACUCUUUACAAGACGGAUGGAGGCAGAGUACCCUUCAGAAACUGGACCUAGAGCAGUUUAGCUCACAGGUCAUCAAAUAUGGCAAAUACAUCAACCAGUUGGAGAAGGGUCUGCCACAAAACAAUGUAGUUCCAAGCCUCAAGGACAAGGUGGAAGUCAUGAGGCAGAGGCUGCCUGCGAUCACUGAUCUACGUAACCCAUGUAUGAAACCACAGCACUGGGAAACUCUGGAGUCUGUUGUGGGGUCCUCCUUGAAUGUGGAAGAGCUUACUAUAGCUCGUUUGGAGGAGCUCGACAUCUUCUCCUAUGGCAUGGAGAUACAGGAGGUGUCAGGACAGGCUUCUGGAGAGGCGUCAGUGGAAACCAUUAUUACAAAGGUGGAGGAUGUGUGGAAGACCGUAGACUUCACUGUGCUGUCUCACGGUGACUCCAAAGAGGUCUUCAUCUUGGGAGGCACGGAUGAUAUCCAGGUACUCCUGGAUGACAGCAUUAUCAAUGUGGGUACGGUGGCAUCCUCUCGCUACGUAACUCCCAUUAAGCUCAGAGUGGACACAUUGCUCUCACAGCUGAUCCUCUUCAGCCAAACACUGGAUGAGUGGCUUACCUGUCAAAGAAACUGGCUGUAUCUAGAGAGUAUCUUUUUGGCCCCAGACAUCAAAAGGCAGCUCCCUGCUGAGUCCAAGAUGUUUCUUAAGGUAGACAAGUCCUGGAAGGAGAUCAUGGCAAAGGUCAAAAAGAUGCCCAAUGCCCUUAGUGCAGCCACACAGCCUGAUUUGUUGAAGACUUUUCAGCACAACAACGCUCUUUUGGAUGAGAUACAGAAGUGUCUGGAAGCUUACCUGGAGUCCAAGAGAGUCGUCUUCCCCAGGUUCUACUUUCUCUCCAAUGAUGAGCUGCUAAAGAUCUUGGCCCAGACAAGAAACCCCCAAGCAGUGCAGCCUCACCUCAGAAAGUGUUUUGAUGCCAUUGUACGGCUGGAGUUUGCUCUGCUGCACGAACAAUCUCCUGGUUAUACAGGGGGUGCGUUGGAUGCUGGAGAACAGGAGGCAGUCUAUAGUAAUGACAUCCUGAACAUGGUUUCUCCUGAGGGAGAGAAGGUGGGUUUGACUAAAGGUCUGAAAGCACAAGGCAAUGUGGAAGACUGGCUUUGCAAGGUGGAGGAAGCCAUGUUCAACUCAUUGCGACGCCUCAGCAAGGCUGCCAUUGCAGACUACCAGGUGAAGUCUAGAGAAGAAUGGGUGGUGGCUGGACAUCCAUCGCAGGUGGUGCUAACCAUCUCUCAGAUGAUGUGGUGUAGGGACAUGGAUGCCUGCCUGGAGGGAGACCAUGAUCACUUUGCUGCACUGAAGAAAUUUGAACUAACAAACAUUGAUAGGCUGAAUGCCCUGGCAGCAUUGGUACGAGGACACCUGCCUACUUUACACCGUAAUAUCAUUACUGCCCUCAUCACUAUUGAUGUCCAUGCCAGAGACAUUGUCACAGAUUUAGUCCGCCAGAAGGUGGACACCAAGUCUAACUUUGAAUGGCAGAGACAGCUACGUUACUACUGGGACCUGGACCUGGACAACUGUGUAGCCACAAUGGCUCUAUCUACUUACAAUUAUGGCUAUGAAUAUCUGGGAGCCUGCCCUAGAUUGGUUAUCACACCGCUUACGGACCGCUGCUAUUUGUGUCUAAUGGGGGCUCUCCAGUUAGACCUGGGGGGAGCUCCUGCUGGGCCAGCAGGGACAGGCAAAACAGAAACCACCAAAGACUUGGCUAAGGCCCUGGCCAUACAAUGUGUCGUCUUCAACUGCUCUGAUGGACUUGACUACAAGAUGAUGGGGCGCUUCUUUAGUGGACUCGCUCAGUCGGGUGCUUGGUGUUGUUUUGACGAAUUUAACCGAAUCGACAUUGAAGUUUUGUCUGUCAUCGCUCAGCAACUCAUAACCAUACGAAAUGCAAAAGCUGCAAAGCUGUCAAGGUUUUACUUUGAGGGCCAGGAAAUCAAGCUAGUGAUGACGUGUGCUGCAUUCAUCACCAUGAACCCAGGCUACGCUGGAAGAACAGAGCUACCCGACAACCUUAAAGCUCUCUUUAGACCCAUUGCCAUGAUGGUGCCAAACUACGCACUCAUUGCUGAGGUGAUUUUGUACUCAGAGGGAUUUGAGUCCAGCAAGACCCUAGCGAGGAAAAUGACCCAGAUGUACAAGCUGUGCUCUGAGCAGCUGUCCCAGCAGGACCACUAUGACUUUGGCAUGAGAGCCGUCAAGUCGGUCCUGGUCAUGGCUGGGUCUCUAAAGAGAGAUAACCCCCACCUCAGUGAGGAUGUGGUUCUUAUCAGAGCCUUGAGGGAUUCGAACCUGCCAAAGUUCCUUGUUGAUGAUGCUGUGCUGUUUGGUGGUAUUCUGUCAGACCUCUUCCCUGGCGUUAGUAUUCCCGAGCAUGACUAUGGUGUGCUACACUCCACCAUCCUGGAAUCUUUGGUUAAGAGAAACUUACAGCCUCUACCUAGCAUGACUAAGAAGGUGAUCCAGCUCUAUGAGACCAUGUUAGUGCGUCAUGGUGUCAUGUUGGUCGGGCCUACUGGUGGAGGUAAGACCACUGUCUACACCAUCCUGGCAGAUGUACUGGAGACCCUUCAUUGCACAGGGCACAAGGCUAACAACCCCUUCUAUCAGCCUGUCAAGACCUAUGUUCUCAACCCCAAAUCUGUCACGAUGGGAGAGCUCUACGGAGAGGUUAACACAUUAACACUGGAGUGGCGUGACGGACUGAUGGCGCUGAGUGUCCGUGAUGCGGUCAGCGACACCACUGACGACCACAAGUGGGUGGUCUGUGACGGGCCAGUUGACGCCCUGUGGAUUGAGAACAUGAACACGGUGUUGGAUGACAACAAGAUGCUCUGUCUGGCUAACAGCGAGCGAAUCAAACUUACUUCAUCUAUACAUAUGGUGUUUGAGGUCCAGGACUUGGCUGUAGCAUCUCCAGCCACAGUCAGUCGCUGUGGGAUGGUAUAUAUUGACCCAGAUGAGCUCAAGUGGAUGCCCUAUGUCCAGACAUGGAUCAGUGGUCUAGGAGACAAGCUCCCAGACCAAGUGCGAACAUACCUGCUGGAGCUGUUUGAGGGGUAUGUGGAGAAUGGUCUUCAGUUCGUGUUGAAGCAUUGCACGCAGGCAAUUCGCCAGGUGGACAUCAGUAAAGUCACCACUCUUUGCUCCCUGCUAGAGGCACUGCUGCUGAGCAAAGGAGGGCCAGAUCUCAAAAUGGAUUCCACUGUAUUGUGUCAGACCUUUAUAUUCUGCUACCUGUGGGCAGUAGGCGGCAACCUGACCAGCUCUCACUGGGAUGCUUUUGACACUUUUGUCAGAAAGCAGUUUGAAGACAACAGCAAUGCUAAGCUUCCAAAGUCUGGUACCCUGUGGAGUGUGUACAUGAACUUUACCCACAAGCGUCUGGAAUCAUGGGAGAAGAUAAUCCCUUUGUUUAAAUACAACAGGGAGCAGCCCUUUUUUGAGAUGCUGGUCCCCACCACAGACACUGUCCGCUUUGGCUACCUAAUGGAGAAACUACUAUCUGUGCGACGUUCUGUGCUCUUUACCGGCGGCACUGGAGUGGGAAAGUCUGUGGUGGCUCGGGACCUUCUUAACAGUAUCCAGGAAAAGGCAGGAUACCUUCCAGUCUACAUCAACUUCUCUGCUCAGACCUCUUCCGCCCGUAUGCAGGAGAUCAUUGAGUCCAAACUGGAAAAAAAGAGGAAAAACAUUUUGGGUGCUCCUGGUAACAAGAAGUUAGUGGUCUUUGUGGAUGACCUGAAUAUGCCAAAGCUGGACAGUUAUGGCUCUCAGCCCCCUAUAGAGCUCCUGCGUCAGUUCCAGGACUUUUCUGGCUUCUAUGAUAGAUCCAAGUUCUUCUGGAAGGAGAUCCAGGAAAUGACCAUCGCUGCCGCAUGUGCUCCUCCAGGUGGGGGCCGCAAUCCAGUGACCCCCCGCUUCAUCCGCCACUUCAGCAUGCUGUGUCUUCCUACACCCUCAGAUCACAGCCUCAAACAGAUUUUUAAAGCCAUCCUGACUGGUUUCCUUAGUGACUUUUCCCAGGCGGUGAAGGACUGUGCCAGUGAGAUUGUGAAUGCAGCUGUAGAGAUUUAUGACCGCUUGAGUGUAGAUCUGCUGCCCACUCCAGCUAAGUCACACUAUGUCUUCAAUCUCCGGGACCUCUCCAAGUGUGUCCAAGGCAUGCUGCAGUGUGAGCCAGGUCAAGUGAGAGACAAGAACCAGAUCUUCCGUCUCUUCUGCCAUGAGUGUCAGCGGGUGUUCCACGACCGACUCAUCAACAACCAAGAUAAGACCUAUUUCAACACCAUUGUGUGCGAGAUGGCCAGUAAAUAUUUUAGCAUUAACUUGGAGCAUUCAUACUUUGUGACUCAGCCCAUCAUCUUUGGGGACUUCAUCAUGGUGGGUGCAGAGAAAGAAGACCGUCUGUAUGAGGAUCUGACUGACAUGGACAAGAUUCAGACUGUUCUCCAGGACUACCUUGAUGAUUACAAUUUGACCUUCUCCAAGGAGACCAAGCUAGUUUUCUUCCAGGAUGCCAUUGAGCAUGUCUCCAGGAUUGCCCGUAUGAUUCGCCAGGAGAGAGGCAAUGCCCUGCUAGUGGGAGUGGGAGGUACAGGCAAGCAGUCACUUACUCGGUUGGCAGCCCACAUAUGUAGGUACCGCUGCUUUGAGAUCGAACUAAGCCGAGGCUACAACUACGACAGCUUCCAUGAGGACCUGAGAAGGCUCUACAAGAUGGCUGGUGUGGAGGGCAAAGAUAUGGUGUUCCUCUUUACAGAUACUCAGAUUGUGGUGGAGGAGUUUUUGGAGGAUGUCAAUAACAUGCUGAACUCUGGCGAGGUGCCAAACCUUUUUGAGAAAGAUGAGCUGGAACAAGUACUAGCUGCCACCCGACCUAAAGCCAAAGAGGCUGGAAUCAGUGAGGAGAAUAGGGAUGAGGUGUUCCAGUAUUUCAUCUCUCGUGUACGAGAGAAGCUGCACAUUGUGCUGUGUAUGAGUCCUGUGGGCGACGCAUUCAGGUCCCGCUGUCGUAUGUUUCCUUCACUGGUCAACUGCUGCACUAUUGACUGGUUUGUGCAGUGGCCUCGUGAAGCGCUGCUCUCUGUCUCAAAGGACUUCUUCCAGGAGGUGGACUUUGGCAGUGAGGAGCUAAAGCAGAGCUUCUCCGCCAUGUGCGUGGAGGUACAUGUUAGUGUUACUGACAUGGCUGAGCGCUACUACUCUGAGGUGAGACGCCGAUACUACACCACGCCUACAUCCUACCUGGAGCUCAUCAACCUCUACCUGUCCAUGCUCGAGGAGAAGCGACAGCAGCUAGUAAUUGCUAAGGAUCGCGUGAAGAACGGUCUGACCAAACUGCUGGAGACCAAUGUGCUUGUGGACAAAAUGAAAGUGGACCUGUCUGCUUUGGAGCCAGUCCUGAAACAGAAAUCCAUUGAUGUUGAUGCCCUCAUGGAGAAACUCGCUGUAGACCAAGAGAGUGCUGAUGAGGUGCGUAAAGUAGUGUCAGAGGAUGAGGCUUUGGCCAAGGUCAAAGCUGAAGACACCCAGGCCAUAGCAGAUGAUGCCCAAAGGGACCUGGAUGAGGCUCUUCCAGCCCUGGAGUGUGCCAAUCAGGCCCUUAAUUCUCUUGACAAGGCUGACAUCUCUGAGAUCAAGGUGUUCACCAAACCCCCUGACCUAGUCAUGACGGUCAUGGAGGCUGUCUGCAUCCUGCUGAACUACAAGCCGGACUGGGCGGGUGCCAAGCAAGUACUGGGAGAUGCCAAUUUCCUCCGGCGCCUGACAGACUAUGACAAGGACAAUAUUAAGCCUCAGAUCCUGCUGAAGCUGCAGAAAUACAUCAACAACCCUGAUUUCAUACCUGAGAAGGUGGAGAAAGUAUCCAAAGCCUGUAGAUCAAUGUGCAUGUGGGUCAGAGCCAUGGAUCUUUACUCCAGAGUCCUCAAAGAAGUUGGCCCCAAGAGAGCAAAACUGGCCAAGGCACAGGAGGAGCUGGACAUGACUAUGGCCACCCUGAUGGAGAAACAACAAAAGCUUCAGGAGGUAGAGAACCAGAUCAAGGUCCUACAGGAGCAGUUUGACAGCAGCGUCAAAGAGAAGGAGAACUUGGUCAAUACCAUGGCUUUGACACAGGUUCGGUUAACAAGGGCAGGGAAGCUAACUUCUGCUCUAGGUGAUGAGCAAGUACGCUGGGAACAAAGUGUCACCUUGUUUGAGCAAGAGAUCAUCAACGUUGUGGGAAAUGUCUUCAUUGCUGCUGCCUGUGUGGCCUACUACGGAGCGUUCACUUCCCACUACAGACAGCUGCUAAUUGACCAGUGGAUGAUACAGUGCCAGGAACUGAACAUCCCCAUCAGUUCCAGCUUCAGCCUGAUCAACAUUCUGGGUGACCCGUUUGUCAUCCGCCAGUGGAACGCAGAGGGCCUGCCUCGUGACACCGUCUCAACGGAGAACGGCAUCCUGGUGACCGAAGGCCGCCGCUGGCCUCUUAUGAUUGACCCACAGGAUCAGGCCAACCGAUGGAUCCGCUCCAAGGAGGUCAAACAUGGUCUAAAAGUGAUCAAGCUAACAGAUCCAAACUUCCUCCGUACCCUGGAGAAUGCCAUACGCAUGGGCAUGCCGGUACUGCUGGAGGAGUUAAAGGAGACCUUAGAUCCAGCUUUGGAGCCCAUCCUGCUGAAGCAGACAUUUGUGGCUGGUGGACGGACAUUAAUCCGUCUUGGAGACUCAGAUAUCGAUUAUGACAAAAACUUUAGGUUCUAUAUGACCACCAAGAUGGCCAAUCCACACUAUCUACCAGAGGUGUGUAUCAAAGUUACAAUUAUCAACUUCACCGUGACCAAGUCUGGCUUGGAGGACCAACUGCUUAGUGAUGUGGUGCGUCUGGAGAGUCCACAUCUUGAGGAGCAGAGGAAUGAGCUGAUCGUGCGCAUCAACGCUGAUCGCAACCAGCUAAAAGAUAUUGAGGACCGCAUCCUGAAGCUUCUCUUCACCUCUGAGGGAAAUAUUCUUGACAACGAGGAGCUGGUUCAGACUCUCCAGAAGUCAAAGGUGACAUCAGAGGCUAUAAAACAUCGCUUGGAGGAGGCCGAGGCCACCGAGCUGAUGAUCAACUCUGCAAGGGAGCGCUACCGACCCGUGGCCACUCGAGGCUCAGUCUUGUACUUUGUCAUCGCCAGUCUCUCUGAGAUCGAUCCAAUGUACCAGUUCUCCCUCAAGUAUUUCAAACAGCUCUUCAACUCCACCAUUGAGACAUCAGAGAAGAGCAGUGUGUUAGAAGAGCGUCUUCAGAUCCUACUGGACCAGAUUCUGCUCAACUCCUACAUCAACGUGUCCCGUGGCCUCUUUGAGCAGCACAAGCUUAUCUACAGCUUCAUGUUGUGUGUGGAAGUCAUGAGGCAGCGGGGCGAGAUCUCUGAUGCUGAGUGGCAACACUUCCUGAGAGGAGCUGCCUCUUUGGAAAAGGACCAUGCAGAACGGCCAGAUGUACCAUGGCUAAGUGAUUUUUACUGGCUUACAUGUUGUGAGUUGGAGGACACACUGCCCUGCUUCAAGGACAUCUCCAAGGAAAUCACCAGAACACAUAUCCACAUCACGCUAGGGCGUUUUCAAGCAUCUAUUAAUCCUGAGACCUGGGAAGGAUAUGUGUCAGAGUUGCCUCCUCUUGGGGAGUCCAACAAUGUGAAGCAGGAGAUUAGAGGCUACUGGAAUGAGAGGUUGGGGGCCUUCCAGAAGCUAGUCCUUAUCAAGAGCUUCCUGGAAGAGAAGGCGGUGUUUGCAGCAACAGAGUUUGUGAUUGUCAGCCUGGGGAAGCAGUUUGUGGAAAACCCUCCAGUUGAUCUGGCAAACCUCUAUAACGAUAUGUCCCCGUCCACCCCGCUGAUCUUCAUUCUCAGCACAGGAUCUGACCCCAUGGGGGCCUUUCAGCGCUUUGCAAAAGAGAGAGGUUGUCUUGACAGAGUUGAGUCCAUCUCACUGGGUCAAGGCCAGGGGCCAAUAGCAGAGACGAUGAUCCAUGCAGCACUGAAGAGUGGCAAGUGGGUCUUCCUGCAGAACUGUCAUCUGGCUGUCUCUUGGAUGUUAGCCAUGGAAGAGCUCAUCAAGACCUUCACUGAGCCUGACACAUCAAUCCACGAGAAUUUCCGCUUGUUUCUCAGCUCCAUGCCUUCCAAAGUAUUUCCUGUUACGGUGCUCCAGAACUCUGUCAAGGUGACUAAUGAGCCUCCUAAAGGCCUGCGAGCCAACAUGCGACGAGCCUUCACAGAGAUCUCGAGCAGUUUCUUUGAAGACCACGUUCUGGGGCGCCACUGGAGGAAGAUCGUCUUUGGAAUCUGCUUUUUCCAUGCAGUCAUCCAGGAGCGGAAGAAGUUUGGUCCUCUGGGGUGGAACAUCCGCUAUGAGUUUAACGACAGCGACAGGGAGUGUGCUCUGCUCAACCUCAACCUCUACUGCAAAGACAGCACCAUACCUUGGGAUGCUCUUAUCUACAUCACCGGUGAGAUCACAUAUGGAGGCAGAGUAACUGACGCCUGGGACCAACGCUGCCUCAGGACCAUCCUCAAAGGCUUCUUUUCACCUCAGACCUUAGAGCCUGCCUACAACUUCUCCGCCUCAGGUAUCUACCAUGCCCCAGAGACAGAUGAACUAGAGCAAUAUAAGAAAUAUAUUGAGAGUCUUCCAAUCAUAGACGACCCUGAGAUCUUUGGCAUGCAUGAAAAUGCCAACCUGGCUUUUCAGCGCCAAGAAACCGUCACUCUAAUCAACACCAUUCUGGAUGUGAAUCCUCGCUCAUCAGCCAGUCAUGGAGCUAAAAGUAACGAUGACAUCGUCUGCGAGCUCGCUGAAUCCAUCUUAGAUAAACUACCUGAGCGUCUGGACAUGGACGAGGCGGUGGAAACACUGUUUGAACGAGACGAAAGUGGCCGCCUUAACUCACUCACAACCGUGUUGGGCCAAGAGACCGAUCGAUUCAACAACCUGCUGAGAGUCCUCAGGAUGUCUCUCAUCACUCUGCAGAAAGCCAUAGCAGGUCUGGUGGUGAUGUCAGAGGAGAUGGACCGCAUAUACACAAGCUUCUUGAACAACCAGGUUCCCACCCACUGGACAAACUCUGCCUACCCUUCCCUCAAACCUCUGUCCUCCUGGGUCAGAGACCUGGUCCUCAGGACAUCUUUUAUCCAGACUUGGAUCACACGUGGUCAGCCCAAAUCUUUCUGGAUCUCAGGAUUCUUCUUCCCUCAAGGCUUUCUUACUGGCGUGCUUCAGAAUCAUGCCAGGCACUAUAAUUUGCCCAUUGAUGAGCUCAACUUCCGCUUCAACAUGGUGCCGAUGUACAGAGACCAGGUAGCAGUCUGUGAGGCUCUGCGCACUCUGCCCGAAAACUCUAAACUGGACAUGGACGACGAGUUACCAGAGCCGGAGGAUGGCGUCCUCGUGCACGGCAUGUUCAUGGACGCCAGUCGCUGGGACGAUGACAACAUGGUGGUUGAAGAUGCGUUACCUCGAGUGAUGAAUGCCAUGUUGCCAGUGGUGCAUUUUGAGCCACAGCGGAACUACGUGCCCGAGCCUCACCUCUACCAUGCUCCUCUGUAUAAGACCUCAGCCAGAGCCGGGACUCUGUCCACCACUGGUCACUCAACAAAUUUUGUCGUGACAGUAAUGCUCCCCUCCAACCAACCCAGCGACUAUUGGAUAGCAAAAGCCGCUGCUCUCCUGUGCCAGUUGGAUGAUUAAGUUUUUAUCAAAGGACAGAAAUGAUUUCACCUCUUUGCACUACCGUGAAUUAGGGUUAAAGCUUUUGUGGAAUUAAUUUCAUAGAUUUAUGCCGAAAGUGCACUCACUCCACAUUCAGUAUAAUAAAAACUUCUGAGCAUGCCUUUA